AUGCCUUCACUCCGCCGCAGCAAGCCCCAAAAGUGUCCCCUCCUCGCCAUACCUCGUGAAAUUCGUGACGAGAUCCAUCGAUAUGUUCAAUUAGGACAGCGAAUUGACAAGCCAAGAGUAUCGAGCUCUGGCUAUCUCAAGCCAGACGACAAUGCAAUUUGGCCCAACGCUUAUCAACUCCUCGAAGAAACCGGUUAUCGAGAAGAAAAAGAUCCCAGGGCGGUGUUCCGGCCAGAUGCCGAAGACAUACUUAUACUGGCGCGAACAUGCGAACAGCUUUACAAAGAAUCAAACCAAAUCUUCUACGGUGAGAAUACGUUCUCGUUUGCGGGCACUUGGAGUUUGUAUUGUUAUCUGUACAUGAUCGGCGAGGAAAAGCGACUGUGCAUUCGCCAUAUUUAUUUCCAAUUCAGUGGGAUUCAGAGGGUGGAUGCAUUCACGUUACUUGGCGAGUGUAAAUCGUUGAGGACUCUCAGGAUAGGCGUUGGACAGGGUACGAUGUCUGGUAGUAAACAACCGAAGUUGAAUUUAAUGACAGCCAGAGGUCUUUCUACAUUGAGAAAAAUAAGAGGGAUGGAAAACUUGGUGGUAGAUGUGGUAGAAAUGGACCAACCAUCCAGAUCUACUUACAGUUUCCCCUACACAGAAUCGCUGGACGUACCUUCAGAGAGUCCAUAUUUCAAUCCGGAAAAGAUUCAAGAAUUUGCAAGGGUAUUGACAGAGGAGAUGAAUUGGAAAAGGGAGACGCCGGAGCAAAAUAAAAUCCAGGAUGUACCAUUGAAAGAGGAAGAAAUUUUGCAGUCGAAGCCAAAGUCCAAAAAUUCCAAACCAGCAGUAGUUUCCAACACUCGAACUCUACGCUCAGGUAAAAUCCAAAAGUUGACAUCCACACCUAAGAGAAAGGUCGCGAAAAAAGCAAAGACAAGUGGAAAAGGGAAUCAAACUUACCCAGUUGGCUUCUCAGGAAUGGAAUGGUUAGUCGUGGGUGGUGGGACAUAG